AUGGAGGUGCAGAACCCUUUCCAAAUUCCAUGGGAUCGAUUUCCAUAUCAAACUUUCUUGGACUUCUUUCUCAGCAAAAUUACGGCACAUGGUUCAAACUUGGCUUUGAUCGAUAUCGACACAAACAAACAAUGGCGUUAUUCGGAGAUCAAAGUCUGGGUAACAAUGGCAGCUGAGAGAUUGAGAGAAAUGGGAGUCACUGAAAAAUCUCGAGUGGCAAUCAUUUCUGGGACCACUGGUCAAACGAUUUUCAUUCACCUUGCUUGCUCAUCAAUUGGAUGCACAGCUGUGGCUGUGAAUGGACAUCAAGUUGUUGAUGAAAUCUGGCAACUAGUCGACGCUAGCGAUACCACGCAUCUUAUCGCCGAGGGUGUCUACUUGCAAAAGGCUGAAGACGUCCGUCGAAAAGCUCAAAUGAGAGGACAAGGUCGGAUCAAAGCCGUGAAAUCGUUUGAUGAUAUUCUGUCAAGUGAUGCAUUGUCUUUUGAGAGACGGGGAUAUCACGCUCCAAGCAGCAAACCUCCGCCACUCCUCCGUAACUCCUCUAGUCAAAAGCUAAUUAAAGUGGAUCUCUCCUCAUCUCCAACAAUGAAUGAGUCUAUUUCAAUGACAAAUGGAGAGCUCUUGUCGCCGGUUUCUGACAACACCGAGAAACAGCCACAAACUGAUUCCGAUCACUCAGACGUUCCCUACACAACUCCAACAAUCCACGACUCCACCCUUCAAGCACCCAAUACAAGCAGUCCUUACAUCAUAUUUUUCACUUCUGGAACAACAAAUGCUCCAAAACCUGUAGAAGUGACUCAUCGAUCUCUGAUCAUCAACAUUCAACAAAUGGGUGCCUCAAUCUAUGGGCCUGUUCAAUGCAAAGAACGAUUUCUAUUGCCUCUUUCCUUGUCUCAUUUAUGGGGCCUUCUCUCAGCCUUCUAUGCUUUGGUACAAGGAGCUACUAUUUGUACCUUGCACAAAUGGAGUACGAAAUCAGUCGCUGAUGCUUUUGUUUAUCAUAAAAUCAAUGUCUCUCACAUUUCUACUCCAAUGAUUCACAACUUAGCAAACGAUACAACGCUUGAAACAAUCCAUUUUCCAUUUUUGCGCUCAUUGAUUGUUAGCGGAUCUCCGGUGGAUGUUUCACUGCUCAAACUGUGCCGAUCAAGAUUCAGGAUCGGUGAUGUUAGACAAGCCUACGGAAUGUCGGAGCUGGGUGGGCUUUGCACUUUGCCUUUUGCUGGAACAGAUAAACCGGAAAGCGUUGGAGCACCGCUACCUGGAAUGCUCUUAAAGGUAGUAAACUGGGAGACUCAAAUGCUUUGUGCACCUCGACAAUUGGGUCAUCUCUACGCUGCUGGACCUCAAGUUUCACCAAAAUAUUUCAAGAAUCCAAAAGCCACCAACGAGAUUGUGGAAGCUGACGGAUUUGUGAGAACAGGAGAUGCUGCUUACUACGAUGAAAAUGGAUUGAUCUAUGUGGUUGAUCGAAUAAAAGAUAUUAUCAAAUGUAAAGGGACACUGGUCUGUCCAUCCGAAGUCGAGGUUAUUCUCCGAAGUCAUCCGGGAAUCGAUGAUUGUGCUGUGGUUGGACGACAGGAUCAUGUCACUGGAGAAGUACCGGCUGCUUUUGUUGUUCGAAACCCGAGCUUUUCAACACUGUCUUCCUCCGAAGUCCGACAGUUUGCCGCUGCUUCUGGUAAAAUCGCUCAAUUCAAAGAGCUUCGUGGAGGAGUAUUUUUCGUCUCCGAGAUACCGAGAAACGUUUGUGGAAAGGUCCUCCGCCGAAACUUGCGUCAAUUCUGGGAUCGUGAACGAUCGAGUUCAAAAGCGGAUCUUUUGAUUGACAAGAUUAAACUACCAAGCAUUGCCAGAAAUUCUAGAUCUACUGCUUCGUCGGCAGCUAAACAGCCACCACCUCGUCCGAUUUCCGCGCCGAGAGGCUCAAUUUCACCAGCCAGAUCUCAAGCAAGCCUCAGCAAGACCAGCUCUCGCCCCGGCAGUCGAACCAGUCAUCAUCCACCGACGCCGAGACGGCAAUCGGCCCUUCCGACCACGAAAACACGAAUGAAUUCU